CUUUACACAGUCUGAUGUCAUUACAAUAAUCAAGGAUUAUGCUUUGAUAUACCUGGUUUGAUUAAAACAAGCAGGAAGAUAACAAUAUCAAAAACAAUCUCGUGAGCCGUGACAUUACUUUAUUUCAACAUCAUGCUUUGCAUUAGCAAUAUCCUGAAUGGCUUCGGUAGCAUUUUAAAUAAUGUAUCUAUAUGGUUAUUUGUAUUUAUUCAGAGAGAUUUUACAUUCAACAGAUCUGUUGAUAAAAGUGAAAAAUGUGCCAAAAUGCACGUAUAAGGACAAUUUCAACCGUCGAACAAUUCGUCAAAUUGCAAUAUAUCCGAUGCUAGUUAUUUUAUUCACACUUAAUGUCCGGGUUGUUAAAAGUAGAGGAGACACUAUCAUGAGAAGGGCGGCUGUGACUGCGUUCUUUGUUGCAACAAUAUUUCAUGUAUGCACCAAAGACAAGGCUGUCGGGAAGGUCAACUAUAUAAAGGAAUAUAAAGUUAUUGACUACUUUAACUUGUUAAAUGUAUUUUCGAUAGAAAGACAUAUUGAACGUAUUGAGAAGCUUGUGGAUUACUACAUAACGAACACGCCAUUGACUUCAGCCGACAAGCUAAUUUUGAAGGGAUCUAUGAGAAGGAUGAAAAAUGUUGAGAAGCGCUUACAUAUGUUCUCACCUCAUAUGAAAGAAUAUAUCCGAAUGAAGAGAGGGGUUGUAAAUAUGCUGAGAAAUGUAUCAGUUGGAUUUCUUAAUGGAACGAAUGAAAGUUUUAAAAACGCGUACCACCGUUUAGAAUUAACACUUGGCGACCCUUCAUAUGUACAGCUCCGGUUAAAUAAUCCCUUUACUAUAUCCAGAAUCCCAACAACCUCAAAACGGGAAAUGAAAAAAGUCUUCAAGCUGUUACUUUUGAUGAAGAAUAAUCAGGAACCUGCAACCAAGGAAAUCAAAGAGAUAAAAGCAAAUAUUGAAAUAUUUUACGAGUAUUUGAAAAUAUUUACUGAGGAGGCAAAGAUAAUAUGGAAGCAUAUUCAGCUGUUGAAGAUUCCUGAUAAUGAUGGCACAUUUAACUGUAACAGAGAUUCUAAGGGAGUUAACAUUAUCCAGGCAGAAGAUGGUAUGGGCUUCCUCGCAGUAUGCGACUCGGAAUGGUUGGUUGUCGCACAGAGAUUUGACGGCAGCGUGGACUUCCCUUCGUUUAACUUCACCUUUGAAUAUCGUGCAAACCCUCUUAAUUAUGAUCCUGAUUAUAUAAGUGACAAUCUAUAUGGCGAGGGAUUCGGCGAUCCACCCUCGGAGUAUUUUAUAGGACUGAAUAAUCUGUACGCAGUUGCUAAACAGGCCAUGUAUGAGAUACGCUUUGAACUAACCACGUGGGAAGGGGAAACUAGAUAUGCUUAUUACUCAUUAUUCGAUGUAGCAUAUGAUGAUUCAUAUGGGAUCUACGGUGAAGGGCCCAUAUACAAGUUAAGGUUAGGCCAUUAUAGAGGAACUGCUGGUGAUUUUAAGAAUUAUUAUGACUAUAGUUCUUUCUCUGACUGCUACUGGAUGCGUCAUCGAUUCUGGUGGUUUGGGGAUUGGGUCGAUGAGUACCAUGAAAACGUAUAUGAAUUGAAAAAUUGCGGAAAAGCUAAUUUAUUUGGACGUUAUAAUAACGGCCCUAGAUGUGACGUUGAGAUGGAGUGUAUGACGUGGCCAGCCUGGCCUAACGACCUACUGGAAUAUCCCUACAAUGAUAAUAGGUACUACUCGUUUAAAAAGAUGAGAAUAAUGAUACGACGUGUCAUCGAUCCGUGUAUCGAAAUCAAGGAAAACACAGAAUUGAGAAAUGAUAUGAUUGGGGAAUGCGAAGGAGCUUGGCUUGUAGUUGCUCAUAAGAUUAACGGAAGUGUUCAUUUCAAUCGCACAGUGAAUGAGUACAUAAACGGAUUUGGAAGCAUAUCUGGGGAAUUUUUCACAGGACUUCGUCCGUUGAAUAAGCUGACGAAACGAUUUAAAUGGUAUGGUGUACGGUUUGAGGCCACGACGAUAAAUGGUAAAUUACGUUAUGCGGAGUACAGCGCGAUUGACAUUAGUAAUUCUUAUACUGAUGAUUUCUAUCAUGUGGAUGUCUUUGGUGUUGGUGAUCGUCGGCAUUCUUUAGAUUGCUCUAAUCGCUGGUUUCUUAGUAUUUUUGCUACCUGGGAUCGUGAAACAAAUUGUACUAAAAAAGAGUUCGACUGGUAUUGUGGUUGUAUGCUGCAGACAUCGCCUGGGUUGUUUGACAAAAAAGACAGCAUUACAUAGAAAUAUUAAAAUGAAAAUUAACCUCCACAGCCGCCCUUGCUUUGAACCGUCCCAAGGUGUAGAUUUAAUUCAACUUCAGAAUGGAGAUACAUUUGAAGCAAAAUGUUAUGAUCAAUGGUUAGUUGUGGCUCACAGAUUUGAUGGAAGCGAGGAUUUUUAUCGUCCAAUGGCGGACUAUGAAGCUGGCUUUGGUAACCCAAAAGGAGAGUAUUUUAUUGGGC